AUGGCCGUGGAGCUCAUGUCCGAGAGAUGGGCAGGCUGGCCCCCCCCGUCGCCGUCCUCCCCGGCCAGCAGCCCCCGGAUAUCCUUCUCCGGUAACGGCGCAGAGACCCCCUCCGACGGCUCCCUCCUCCACCCCUCUUCCUCCUCCCCCGAAUUCCACUUCUGCGUCUCCGGAGAUCGCUUCGAUCAGGACGACUCAGUCGCUGACGAGCUCUUCUCCGACGGGUUCCUCCUCCCUCUCCCUCCCCUCCCUCCUCGACGACCCACCUCCUCCUCCUCUCCUGCCCUUCGUCCGGCAGGGGCGCAACCACCCUCAUCUCCCGAAGCCAGGAAGGGCGCCGCUGCGGCGUUGAAACAGCCCUCGUCCUUUUGGAAGUUCAGCAGGAGCAGCAGUCUCAACUACGGCGGCGCCGCGGGCGGCGGGGGGAGGAGACCGAGCAUGAUCUGCUCACUGCCUCUUCUCUCUCGGAGCAAGUCUGCGGGACCCCAUCCCAAGCCGCCCACCCUCAAGCGGCGCCACCAACCCGUCAGCAAUUCCUCCCCCGCCACCGCCGCCGCCGUCGUGGCCGGAGGCGGCGGCUUAUCUAGGAAAGGUUCAGGCGGCGCCGCCGGUGGCUCCAGGACUCCAUACUACUACGGCCACCACGGCGGCGCCGCUGGUGGCGGUGUCCGCAUCGGGCCGGUCCUGAACUUGCCGGCGGCGUACAUCCCCAAGGGGAACGGCGGGGGAAUCUUCAGCUUGGGCCGCCUCCUCUGCAGCGGCAGGGACAGGAGCAAGAAGAAGACGCCGCCCCCCGCCACGCCAUAG